UAAAAAAAUGAGCGCAAAAAGAGAAAAUAGACGAAUCAAUCAAUCAAUCAAAUGAUGCGCGGUCUUAACAAAGUCUGCCAUAGCCUCUCUCUCAUCUCUCCAUCUCCUCUCUAUCCACCUCUCUUUCCCUCUAUAAAACUCAGUCGAUUCUCAUCCCUUCAUACACCUGGCCACCUGAGAACUCAUUCAUCUAAGUCCCUCAAAACCACCACCACCACCACCACCAUGACCACCGCCAGGUUGCACCAUCUCGUCCCAAUCAACUCAGUUGCUUCCGAAAACGGUGGCUCUAAUGGCUCUGUAUCCUCUUCUGCUUCUAAUGCCAGUGCCACCGAAGGUGAAGACAAUCUGGGAGGUAGAUAUCGCCUUCCUCCACCUGAGAUUAGAGAUAUUGUUGAUGCUCCACCACUUCCUGCAUUGUCUUUUUCACCGCAAAGGGAUAAAAUACUAUUUCUCAAGCGCAGAGCUUUGCCUCCAUUGGUAGAGCUAGCAAGACCAGAGGAAAAGCUAGCUGGUAUUCGAAUUGAUGGCAAAUGCAAUACUAGGAGUAGGAUGUCAUUUUACACUGGUAUUGGGAUACAUCAAUUAUUGCCUGAUGGUACGUUGGGGCCAGAAAAAGAGGUGCAUGGUUUCCCUGAUGGUUCCAAGAUAAAUUUUGUGACCUGGUCACGUGAUGGGCAGCAUCUAGCCUUCAGCAUCCGAAGUGAUGAGGAGGACAGUGGAAGCAGUAAGCUUAGGGUUUGGGUUACUGAUGUGGAAACUGCAAAAGCUAGACCAUUGUUUCAAUCACCUGAUAUACAUCUUAAUGCAGUGUUUGAGAAUUUUGUUUGGGUAGAUGACUCUACUUUGUUAGUUUGUACCAUCCCGUUAUCACGUGGAAACCCACCAAAGAAACCUUUGGUUCCCUCUGGCCCAAAGAUCCAAUCUAAUGAACAGGAAAAUGUUAUUCAGGUUAGAACCUUCCAGGAUUUGCUGAAGGAUGAAUCUGAUGAAGAUUUGUUUGACUACUAUGCCACCACACAACUUGUUUUGGUUUCUUUGGAUGGGACUGUGAAAGAAAUUGGGCCUCCAGCUGUAUACACAUCAUUGGACCCUUCCCCAGAUCAGAAGUACCUUUUGAUUAGUUCAAUUCACCGACCUUAUUCUUUUAUUGUACCAUGUGGAAGAUUUCCAAAAAAGGUGGAAGUUUGGACAACUGAUGGGAAAUUUGUCAGGGAACUUUGCGACUUGCCACUUGCGGAGGACAUCCCCAUUGCAUUCAGUAGUGUCCGAAAAGGGAUGCGAUCAAUCAAUUGGAGAGCAGAUAAGCCAUCGACCCUCUACUGGGCAGAGACACAAGAUGGAGGUGAUGCAAAAGUAGAAGUUACUCCACGUGAUAUAAUUUAUACACAGCCUGCUGAGCCUCUAGAAGGUGAACAGCCAGCAAUCUUACACCAACUUGAUCUUCGCUAUGGAGGGAUUUCUUGGUGUGAUGAUUCACUGGCCCUAGUCUAUGAAUCUUGGUACAAAACAAGGCGAACAAGAACCUGGAUAAUAUCUCCUGGAUCUAAAGAUGUGACUCCCCGUAUAUUAUUUGAUCGGUCAUCAGAAGAUGUGUACUCUGAUCCUGGCUCUCCAAUGAUGAGGAGAACACCUGCUGGAACUUAUGUGAUUGCAAAAAUAAAGAAAGAAAACGAUGAAGGAACUUAUCUUUUACUUAAUGGAAGUGGUGCUACACCAGAAGGGAACAUUCCCUUUCUUGAUUUGUUUGACAUAAAUACAGGCAACAAAGAACGAAUAUGGGAGAGCGAUAAGGAAAAAUUUUAUGAGACCACUGUUGCUUUAAUGUCUGACCAGACAGAAGGGGACAUACACAUUAAUCAGUUGAAAGUACUUACAUCCAAAGAGUCAAAAACUGAAAAUACCCAGUAUUAUAUCCAGAGUUGGCCAGAUAAGAAAUCUUGUCAAAUUACAAAUUUUCCUCACCCAUAUCCACAGUUGGCAUCAUUGAACAAAGAGAUGAUCAAAUAUCAGAGAAAGGAUGGGGUUCAACUUACUGCAACAUUAUACUUGCCACCAGAUUAUGAUCCAUCAAAGGAUGGUCCUCUUCCCUGUUUGUUCUGGUCUUACCCAGGAGAAUUUAAAAGCAAAGAUGCUGCUGGACAAGUUCGUGGUUCUCCUAAUGAAUUUCCAGGCAUAGGUCCGACAUCACCCCUUCUUUGGCUGGCUAGAAGGUUUGCUAUUUUAUCUGGGCCAACAAUUCCUAUUAUUGGUGAAGAUGCUGAGGAAGCAAAUGAUAGGUAUGUGGAGCAACUGGUUGCUAGUGCAGAAGCUGCUGUUGAGGAAGUCGUCCAACGUGGAGUGGCUCAUCCAAGCAAAAUUGCUGUUGGAGGUCAUUCCUAUGGUGCAUUCAUGACUGCAAACCUCCUAGCACAUGCCCCUCAUCUUUUCUGUUGUGGAAUUGCUCGUUCUGGAGCUUACAACAGAACACUUACACCUUUUGGUUUUCAGAAUGAGGAUAGAACUCUUUGGGAGGCCACUUCUACUUACGUAGAAAUGAGCCCUUUCAUGUCUGCGAAUAAAAUUAAGAAGCCAAUCUUAAUUAUCCAUGGAGAAGAAGACAAUAAUCCAGGAACACUAACUAUGCAGUCAGAUCGUUUCUUUAAUGCUUUGAAAGGUCAUGGUGCUCUCUGUCGCCUAAUCCUUCUCCCCUACGAGAGCCAUGGCUAUGCUGCACGAGAGAGCAUCAUGCAUGUUCUAUGGGAAACUGACAGAUGGCUGCAGAAAUAUUGUGUGUCAAAUGGUUCUGAUGUGAAGGCAGAUCUUCACGCAUGUAAAGACAGUACAAGCAAAGGUGCUACAGAUUCUGAAAACAAAGCAGUUGCAGCUAGUGCAGGCGGUGAACCAGAAUUGGCAGAUCUGGAGGGUGAAGAAUCUCACUCAUUGCCAAGGUCAUUGCUAUGCAGAUCUAAUGCUACGGAUGUAAAAAUGGAGCAUCAGAGCAGCCCUGUGAAGUGAAAAUACAACAGAAUUAAAUGCGUGUAUCAGACACACGAAUGUACUGGAGAUCCGUUUGUAUACAAAAGUGAUUGGUACUUGCCGUUCUGAAUAUUCAGGCGGGCAACAUGUGUGAACAAGAAUAACAGAAAACUGACACUAGUGAGGCCUCUUUUUCACCUGUAAUCCUUGAUCAUUGCUGGAUAAUGAGCAAUAGCUUCCGCGCUACUCACAAUUCCAAGCUAUGUAAUGCCAUGCUAUGAUUACUAUAAAAUCCUUUCGUGAAUAUACUUAAAAGAAUAAUUUUGAAAA